GCACAACUCUGCACAGCCACGUCUCCCGCCGCUCAAACCUCGCCCUCUGCUUGAAGCAGCGCUCAUGUACGCGGACAUCGACCCCACGCAGGACACGGAGUUUCACGAUGCGUUGCGCGCGCGCGGCAUCAUCCCGGCACUGCCGCCGUCGCGGUCACCAUCGCCCGAGCGCGAGUCGGAUGCGCAGCUCCGCGCCACACGGCUCGCCGGGCUCUCCGAUGCGCAGAUCCGUGCAGCACUAGACGACGCCGCCGAUGCCCGCGACGCCGACGCCGAGCGCGAGCUGGAAGCGCUGCGUGCUCGCCGCGCAGAGGUGCUUGCUCGCGAGCGCCGCACACAUCGCUUCGGCCGGGUGUACCCAAUCGGCCGCCCGGACUACACGCGCGAGGUCACCGAUGCGAGCAAGGCGCAGCCCGGCGUCGAGGGCGCCGACGAAGAGCAGGAGGACGACGAUGAGGGCAUGACGGGCGCCGGGCCUGUCGGCGGGCAAGAGGCCAAGGAGACGAAGAAGGGCACCGGCGUGGUUUGCUUCCUCUACAAGGACGGCAUGGACACGUGCCAGCUGCUGGCUGGCUACUUGAACACGCUCGCGGCCAAGUAUCCGGCGACAAAGUUUGUCAGCAUCGUCGGCGACAAGUGCAUUCCCAACUACCCCGACAAGAACCUGCCGACGCUCCUCAUCUACCGCAACGGCGCUCUGCACCGGCAGAUCAUCGGCCUGCGUCCGGAGAUCGGGUGCGACGGCAUGAAGACGAAGUGCGAGGACAUCGAGCUCUUGCUCACGGCCGUCGGCGUGCUCGAUCGCUCCGAGGUGCCUGGCGAGCCCACACACAUCGACAGUCAGUUCGGGCGCCGCACCGACGAGCACGACAACGGCGACGAGGAGCCCGGGCGGAAGAGCGCAAUCCGCGGC